AUGCCCCUACGUCUCGCAACACACAAAGACCUGCCUGCUAUAGUUCAUGUCUUCACCCAGGCUUUCUAUGAUGAGGAGCUCAAUGACUACUUCUUUCCUUACCGCAAGCAAUAUCCUGAUGAUUACAUCCGGGCCUACUACCAUGUACUCCUCGAGAGGUGGUGGGGCUACACAAAUUUAUUCGUCGUGAGCUACGACACGCCAGAGUCUGGGUCAACUCUGCCCAAUGAUGAAGUGCUCACAGGUCCCAACGGACAAAAAAUCACAGGCGUCGCACAAUGGUCGAGAGUCGGCCUAGGCAGCGAAAAGCUCUGGGGCAUAGGAGGCUGGUGGGAUCUCAGGAGAUACAUCCAACCACUCGUCUCGCUCGCCCUCCGCAUCCAUAGAGCUCUCAUACCAAACCGUGCCGCACGCAUGCCUACCACAGAAGACCCUCGACCAAUGCAGAAGUGGUUGUUUGGAUCUACCGUAUACCCAUUCAUACAGCAGUACUUCAGCUGCCGUCCAGACCAUUGGUCGCUGGAACUCCUUGGUGUCUUACCUAUCUAUCACGGUCGUGGAAUUGCUACGAAACUCGUGCAAGAAGGGUUGGACCGUGCCAGAGAGGAGCAAUUACCCUCCGUUGUGAUAAUGGCAGCUGGACUGGAGGAUUUCUAUCGACGUCUUGGAUUUGUUGAUUUCGUUGGGUACGCGUAUGAGCCUGACCUGACGGAAACGAAGGUGGACGAGGACGGCAAAGAGAGGCAGAUUAUCAAAGAAGUGAAUCCUCUGAGGAGAAGAGGUAUCGGAGGGGGAGGCAUUGCGUGGACCGAAAGCAAUAGCUGA